ACCACAGCCGAUCUGUGACCGUAAAGGCAGCAACAAGAAAACAUGGCGGACACAACGACCAAACGGGAGGCCGACAGUGUUGGUGCGGAUGAAUUGUCUCAGAGAGUCAAGAGGACGAAGUCUGACGGUGAAAACGGCGGCGGGGAGGUCGGAAAGGAGCCCGAAUCUCAAAGUAUUCUGUGUGACUUUAAAACGACCAACGUCCUGAGUGAUUCUGCGCGGGAGAAAAACAUCUUCCUCCGCGGGAAGCUCGCCGAUCAGGAGGCUGUGGUCAUCCUGGAGAAGACUCCCAUCAGAGAGGACACCCUGGCUGAGCUUUUCAGCGGCUCCACGCUGAGGCUGGAGAUGAGGAACGACAUCUACAGCACAUACCGGUUACAGGCGCCCCCCCAUCUCAAUGAGAUCAAGACCACAGUGGUGUGUCCAGCUACAGAGAAGCAUGUAAAGAAAUACCAGCGUCAGGAGAGUUUCCUGGUGGAGGAGACGGAGGAGGAUUAUCAGUCCAUCACUCGGCCCUACAUUGAGAAGCAGAGUUUCAGCGUGAAGUGGGUACACAACAUCCUGGAGAAGAAGGCAGAGGCCGACAGGAUCGUUUAUGAAGAUCCAGACCCAAAGGUUGGCUUUGUCCUCCUCCCAGAUUUCAAAUGGGACCAGAAACAGGUUGACGAUUUAUACCUGAUCGCCAUCACACAUCUGCGAGACAUCAGGAGUCUCCGAGACCUGACGUCAGAGCAUCUACCGCUGCUGCAGAACAUCUUCCAGAAAGGGAAGGAGGCCAUCCUGCAGCGCUACGACCUUCCAGCCAGUAAACUGAGAGUCUACCUGCACUACCAGCCGUCCUACUACCACCUCCACGUCCACUUCACCAAGCUGGGCUACGAGGCGCCGGGCUGCGGCGUGGAGCGGGCCCACCUCCUCGCAGACGUCAUCCAAAACCUCCAGUCCGACCCCAAAUACUACAAAACCCGCACGCUGUACUUCCCCCUGAGGGCAGACGACGGACUGCUUGGCAAGUUCAAGGAGGCAGGGAGGCUGUAAAUGAUUCCCCCCCGUUGGUAGAUUCCUGUCCAAACUGUGUCUGGCUGAUUUCAAGGUGUACAGAUUAGCUACGGAUGUUUUCUCCCAGUGUCAUUUUCCCUCAACUCAAGUUUGUAAUGUUCCAUAAAAAUAGUAAUUAUUUAAUUAUUGGAGUGUUUUACACUUCAGCUGAUUAAUAAUCAGGUUUUAUACGUAUUUGGAUACAUUUUUAUAAUCGCAUUUCAUAUUAUUCCUGCUUUCAUUUCAAGAAUAGGAGAGAAUAUAACCAAUGGAUAUUUUAAUGUUUUAAUGUUUUUCAUACGUUUUCUCUGUUUCUGAAUGCUGCUUCUUGAAUUAAACUUGUUGUUUUUUUUACUCA